AUGGGUGCUCUUAAAUACAUCGAAGAACUUCAGAAGAAAAAGCAGUCUGAUGUACUGCAAUUCCUUCUCCGUGUCCGAUGCUGGCACUACAGAAACCUAGCGGUCAUCCAUCGUGCUUCCCGACCAUCUCGCCCAGACAAGGCUCGCCGUCUCGGAUACAAGGCUAAGCAGGGAUAUGUCAUCUACCGUAUCCGUGUUCGCCGUGGAGGUCGCAAGAGGCCAGUUCCAAAGGGUGCUACUUAUGGCAAGCCCACCAACCAGGGUGUGAACCAAUUGAAGUACCAGCGAUCGCUCAGGUCCACUGCUGAGGAGCGUGUCGGCCGACGAUGCGCCAACUUGCGCGUUCUCAACUCUUACUGGAUCAACCAGGACUCGACCUACAAGUACUUCGAGGUCAUCCUUGUCGACCCCCAGCACAAGGCCAUCCGUCGCGAUGCCCGCAUCAACUGGAUCGUCAACCCAGUUCACAAGCACCGCGAGAGCCGUGGUCUCACCGCUACCGGCAAGAAGAGCAGAGGUAUCAACAAGGGGCACAGAUACAACAACACCAAGGCUGGCAGGAGAAAGACCUGGAAGCGUCACAACACCCUCUCUCUCUGGAGAUACAGAGAUUAG